AUGGAGCUCAGCGGUGGAAAUGACAUCUAACUCUCUAUCUGAGGUGACUUCUCUUAGUACAUCCAUAAAUCUUUGCAGAUUUCCAGUGUACUUGAUGUGAAAGAUCAUGGCUCAACGAGUAAUAGCUACUUGUCUCUCUCCUUCAAACUGAUGGUUCCUUCAUCUGGUUUUUAUUCGCUUUACCGAGGAAUUUGACAGGAUAAAUGAAACAUUUUGUGGAUGCAGGAAGAAGGGUGGCCUCUAGGCCUUCAACCAUUGAAUGCAAGAAUUGGGUUGGUGAGAAAUCGUGAUUUCUCAGGUUCUGUUUCAUUUAGUACUUUGCUUACUGCUUCUCCAAGUUCCUCUAGCAUUUCUUCUUCAGAUCUUGAUACAGAGUCCGCUAGGUCUUUCUUCCAUGACAAAAGCAUCUCUCUUGGAAGCCUCGUAGGAAUUUCUAGUCUUCUAGAGCUCUCAAGGAGAUCAACCAGGAGAAAAACCACAGAAACCUCGAGAGAUCAGAAGAAUAAUUUUAAGUCUAGACCUUGGCUGUUCUCAUUUUGUUCAAAACUAAGCACUGAUGCUGUGGACGCUAACAAGGAUCAGUCUCUUGGUCACUUUCUUGAAGUAGAAAGGAGAGCCGCCAACAUUUCCAGGAGGAAUCAAAUCCCUGCUGCUACAUGGAGUGCAGAAUAUGGUAGGAAAUCUGACAGAGAUCUAUUGGAACGUGGCAAUGGGCAUGGAGUUCCUUUAUUGCUUUCAUGUUUGUGUGGACAACUUAUCGAAUGA